AUGGGCGACACCAACAUCAUCGCCCGCCUUUACGCAUGGCCGCCACAUAACAGACUUGCGGAGGAAGCUAUCAAAAGGAGCGGUUUCGCGGUUUCGCCGCUCCAUGAGUCAUCCAUCGCUCCUCCGUUUGGGCGCACCGAAGGCCUAGUGACACCCAUCAAUCCCAGCGCCGGUAUAACACUCGAUCAAUCGCUGAAUCCCCAUAUUCGGAUCUCGUUCAACCAUGUACCAAAGACAUCUCAUGGGCUCGUGUUUGGGUGUGGUAAGCAAUGCGAUGUCGUGCUGCCUGACGAGCGGAGCAUCAGUGCCCAUCAUUUUAGCAUCACCUUUGACGAGCAGUAUCGCCUCAUUGUGCGCGAUCUAAACUCUACAGCCGGCACCGAGGUCAUAUUUGGGAAGGAUGUCGGACACAUUUCAGCAAAGUUUCCCCGAAGAAACUUCCAAUGGUUGGUAGAAGGAUCCUGCCGGAUGCCUAGCAGCAAAGUGGUGAUCCGCGUGGGCCUCAAACUCAGCUUCUACCUCGUCCCAGAGACACAGAGCAUGCCGCAAACCGAGUACAAGAUGAAAGUCGACAACUUUCGCCAAGGCUCCGGGACCGCUCAAGCUCUCUUCGCGUCCAUCAACACUCGCCUACAAUGUCAGCCGCAACCCGUGGUAGGAGCAAUCGCGUCUAAACAAGACCCUAUUUACCAAGAAAUGGUCAUCGGCAAAGGCGCAUUCGGUAGGGCAAAGUACAUGUGGAAUGUCAGUACUGGGGAAGAAAUGGUUCUCAAGGAACCCAUCAACGAAAGCACAAUCAGUCCAGCAUGGCUACAGCGUUGGAAGGAAGAAGCGUACACCAUGCGCAAACUCCAUCAUGAAAACAUUUUGAAGCUCUUGCAUGACGAGUUCUGGCCUCGACCCCAGCUGUUCCUGGAAUACUGCCCUGGUGGCCCGCUCACAGGUAUCGCGCAUGAGCUGAGCGCUGUUGAGAUCCUUCAGGUCCUGCAGCAGUCUCUCGCAGGACUUCAAUACGCUCACAAAAUUGGCAUUGCUCACCGCGACUUGAAACUCGACAACAUUUUGGUGGCAUCGCGAAGUCCACUGAAGAUCAAGCUUGCCGACUUUGGGAUUGCCAAAAGCGACGCCCAACUCCAAUCGGUUUGCGGUACGCCCCCCUUCAUGGCUCUAGAUAUUUGGGCUAUGGAGUAUCCUGACAAGGCACGGUACUACACCAAGCUCGUUGAUAUAUGGGCGCUCGGCGUGGUCAUCUACCAUCUCCUGUUCGGAGUACCGGUCGGGUAUGGGCCGGAACUCUGUGUCAAAAUCGUUCGCGACCUGCGUACGUAUCUGCAAACCAAUCGCGGGACAAUUGCAGAAUUCUUGGCAAAGUACAUGCUGAGGCUCCAAGAGGUAGACCGCUCUUCUGCUGCCGCAUGCUACCGAGGCGCUAUGGCACUCCCGACUCCCAACGACGAAAUCCGGGGAAGCACAAAGGCAUCUGCUGAUUGCAACAGUACCGCGGAGGAUACGCUUUCUGAAACCAACUUGCUGGAUUGGCUCCAGGGGUCUACAAGACCUGGAACUAGAAAGCGGGCGGCGGGCGAUGCUAGAACCUCGGAGUGCCGUUCCCAGCCACGCAAAAGGAAUAUUUCUACCAAGCAACGCGACGACAAUUCGUCUGGUUGUGGUGGCUCAACCUCGAAACUUUGCUCGAUUUCAGACGAGGAAUGGAACUUGACCCAGCUCCCGACGGAGCAGAGCACGGUCACACAAACAGACCUCUCCGGAUUGUUUUGGUAA